GGUCAGAGUCGUCUCCUGCUGAGCGUGAGGCAGUUUUGGGGCUGGCAGGUCCAGAGAUUGCUUGGCUGCACAAGAUCACAGAUAAAAGCAGAAAGCAGAAAAAAGAAUCGUCCUGUUUCAGACUUCUUUAAGGCAGAAAAAAUGCAUCAGCUGUUUUUUGUUAGUGUGACUCUGUUUCUGGUCUCUUUUGGAUCUUACGCCAGAGGAAACAGAGCUGAGAGAAGCAUCGACAGGCCCUUUAUAUCACUGCUUGGUGUGGAUAAUGGUCAGCGCUGGGGAGAAUGGGGCCUGAAAGAAAUGUGUCCUGCAGGCUUCUAUGCUGCAGGUUUCAGUCUUAAGGUUGCAGGUUACUGGGAAUCUCUGUUAAUAGGGGACAACACUGCUUUGAAUGGAAUUCGCCUUCACUGUGUUAACACAGCCAAGGGCACGACUGGGCCUUAUACUGACUACGCCACAGUGCAGUCUGACACAGGAAGCUGGGGAACAUGGAAAGAUAUCCAGUGGUGUAAGUCAGGGACACUGAUGAGCUUUCAGCUCCGUGUGGAACCCUACCAAGGAACAACCUGGGACGAUACCGCCGCAAACAACAUAAGGUUCAAAUGCAGUGGAGGUGAGGAGGAGCUUAAGGGUACAGGCAUGUCCUGGGGUACCUGGGGUUCCUGGAGCGAAACAUGUACAUGAAAGGGCAUCUGUGGUAUUCAGACAAUCGUAGAGGAACCAAAAGGGUUGGGAGACGACACCGCUCUCAAUGAUGUUCGUUUGUUCUGCUGUGAUUAAGGUGCCCCAGUCAUCUCAUCCAAGCUGGUGCAGCAUGAGAUAAAAACUGAAAAAAAAAAAAAACAUAUUCGAAGACAGAUCAUAUCUUUUAUUAAUUCUCUUAAUCGAGGAAGAGUUUCUAGAAACUGUUGGCUGCCUAAAUAAAGGUGAUCUGGAAUAAAA